CCCAUUUAAGUUUAUUUUCGUAAUUUUCAAAGACGGUAACAAAUUAAUUUUUAUGCUAUUCUGUUCUUAAAACUUCAACUUGAUAUUUUUUAAUAAACAGAUACCUUCAAAAUGCAUACAGCUAUAUCUACUUAUUUUGCUGAAGGGAGCACUUUAGCACUGCUAUAAAUAGGAAAACACAUACAGUGUAUAUUACUUUCAGCCUAACCAUGAAUGCAAAACUAACAGACUAACUGAAGGUAAUCGAUUUUCAGUAUGGAGAGAGAAAUAUCGCCUAUCAACUGUAUCGAGCAUCCAAAAUUGCUCUUAAGUUAUUAUUGUUCUGAUCACGAUACAGUAUUUUGUGAAAAUUGUAAAACUGAAAUACAUGGAUCUUGUGCUGAAGUUCACACUGUUAAGAAUGCAUCCAAGUCAAUAAGUGAUGGCGACAUUGUAAAGGCUCUCGUGUCCCGCAUAACAGAGGUAAAGAAAACCCUUUCAGGUACAACCGACAAACUAGAAGAUAACAUUGCUACUUUAAGCCAACAAUAUGACAGCAUCAAGCAAAAUAUUUUCACUGCGAGGCAAUCUAUCAAUCAGUAUUUUGAUUCUCUGGAGACAGAAUUGACUAACCUUGUACGUGAACGCUGCAUUAAAGACAUAGAAGAGAAAAUAGUAGAACUGGAGAGAAGAAAUUAUACUUUAGACCAAUGGGAAGACGAUCUAGAGUUAGCCAUGCACAGUGACGAUGAAGAAAUGCUUUUUACCGUAGUGAAGAUCUUAAGUAAAUUACAGAAUGAUAUGGAAUCAUAUUCAAAUGACAUUCUAGAAGAAAUAAAGAUAACGCAUGUAAGGUGGACACCAAUAAGAACAGACAGGACUUCAAUAGUGUCCUUUGUUGGCAAAGUGUCUUUGACUGAAAUAUCAUCAAAAAUUCAGAACACAAGUUCUUGUAAAUCUACGAAAGCCUUGACACCCGACUCAAGUCAGAUUUCGCAAAGCAACAUUGGUGCCGUUGAUAUUGCACAGGAAUCUAAAUCAGAGCAAGGUCUAGAGAAGGUUUCAAUAAAAACAAAACAAGGUUGGGAUCAGAUUUCUAGUAAAGUUAAGGACGAGGAAGUUGAAGUUACCGGUGUUAAUGCGGGCUUAAAUCGGGCGUGUUCAAAAAACAACAUGAAAUCAACUAAAACAUCGACGGUUGUCGAUUUAGAAGAUGAACACUCAAAAGAAGUCAACGAGUCUAAUGGCACAAGUAACCAAACGGAAAUACAAGAGGAUGAGAAAAUAGAUCAAGACAACAAUAGUGAGAAAACACAACCAAUCGAGAAUUUACUGAACCAACAGGACGUCGAUACUGUACCUAAUAGUGCAAGAAAAAUGACAAGUACAAGAGGGUCUAGUAGAAGUAAAGCAGAAACAAUUAUUUAUAGUGCAAAGUCUAAAUUUGAAGCAACUAACUUAGGACGAAAAAAUAGCACAGAAGUGCAGCGAGGAUUAUUUUUGACAGAUGAAGGCAUGUUAUUCAUGGAUAAGACUAACAAACACAUUUUCAUAUGCAAUAAAGAAGGGCAAAUGCUGCAUAAAAUUAGUCUCAAAUAUGAACCCCAGGAUGUGACAAUGUUGGACGAGGGUCGAGCAGUGGCAACUAUAGGAAACAAUGGAAUUCAAAUAGUCAACAUACACAGCUUACGAAAAGAAAAAGCUCACGAUGUCGGGGGAUUCUGUGGAGGGAUAACUUCAUAUAAAGGUCAAAUAAUUGUAAGUGUUGAUAAGAAAUUACGUUUGCUCGACGCUUUUGGAUAUACACUGCGUCGUUUGCAACAUGAUGGGAGCGCCUCGUUUGUCUGCUCAGAUGAUGCGGGUAAAAUAUAUUAUACCGACUCAAUGGAUCAUGCCGUUCAUUGCAUAGCAUGGUUUGGAAUACCAGUCUUUACUUACAGCAACAAAGGCUUAAAGUGUCCAAUGGGUAUCGUUGUCGAUUCUGAUUGGUUCGUAUACGUGGCUGGCUUUGAAUCGUGUAACGUACAAAAGCUAUCACCCAAUGGACGAUAUCAUUCUGAUUUUUUGACUGAAAAGGAUGAAUUGCAUGAACCGUCUUCUCUUGCUUACAACGAGAAAGAAAAUGAAAUUUUAGUUAUAAGUGAUAAUAAUCAAACAGUAGAAUUGUAUGAUCUGAAUGAUGGCAUCCGACAUCAACAGUAGAAAUGUUAUUCAAGGGUUUAUAUAAUGUUCAGAUUUCUGUUGUCUCCAGAACUUAAAAUGUUAUAACAUUAUUACAAGGCUUAUCCCAAGUAUAAUUAAAGGGGAAAUGUAUUCAUUAGCACAGGUGAAAAAUAUAAUCAUG